AUGACGGCAAGAGAGUUUUUUGUUGAUGUGUUUGCUCUAACACAAUUCGUUCUCUUGUCGAACGGCUUGGAGUAUCUCUCUGAAUCUGAUGUUCAGGAGCGCACAUCGACUUACUGCGUAGUUGCUGGUUUGCAGACGGACAGCGUUCGUCUUUCGUCUGAUAUUCACAUCCUGUUGAGCAGCUUGGAACGAACGUUUGAGCUCGAGGAAACCGUUUCAGUAGCAAUACUUAAUUUUCGUCCGAAAUCGGUUGGCAGUGUGGACCCACCGUGCAUUGCUGUGUAUCCCCGUGUUGGUAUUGACAGAACAUGUUUGUAUGCCUAUGCUCUCUCUAGAUCUAUCUCUCAGCCUAAAUACUAUGACGGACCUAUUCAGUUAAAUAUUGUUACUCAGUUUGUUAAUGAGCAUUGUGGAACAUACAGACAGGCGCCUGAUCGACUAACAGAUUCUGGUCUAGUCAGGCAGUCGAUACUCGACAAUUUGUUUACUGUCAAAAGUUCAUCUCAGAGAUGUGAUCGAAUUGAAGUUCCAACAAUGGCGGAUUUCUUUUCCAACUACCUGGUGCAGUCCAGACCGGUUGUUAUAGCUGGAGGCAUCAAACAUUGGGAUGCAAUGACUAGGUGGACACGUGACUAUUUGUAUAGUAAGUUCGGGCAGAAUAUGGUUCACGUGAAACUUGCUCCUAAUGGUGAGUUUGAAGGCUGUGAAAGAGCAUCUGAUUGGGAUGAUUAUGAUCACUUUACAAUACCAGAAAUUGUGAAGCGGCAACUCCAGUUUCCUGACCUCGUUGUCGUUCGACCGGCAACACUCGAUGUCUCUUUCUCGUUCUUUCUAGAUAUGAUUACAGAUCGUAAAUCUGUGAGUAAAAAUGUUUCUGCAUAUCUGGAGUAUUCAUCGAUUCCACAGUAUAUGCCCGACUUAGAGGAGGAUAUAGAGGAACUACCGUUUGUCAAAGGUUUACUAACUAGACGACAACUCAAUCUCUGGCUUAGCGAUGGAAACACUUUGGGAAAAUUGCAUUUUGAUCCGUUUGACAAUUUGCUUUGCCAGAUUUCUGGUACAAAACAUGUCACUCUGUAUGAGCCACACAAUAAUACUAGAUUAUACGAGUCACACAUACCGGAGGCACUUCUGGGUUUUGACCAACAGGGGCACCAGUUUCGAAGAAAGAAACUGUUGGAUAGCACAUCUAUGGUGAUGUCACCAGUAGACAUUACGAGACCAGACACAAAACGAUUUCCAUUGUUUUCAAGCGUCUCUCCCAUGCAUUGUACCAUCCACCCGGGAGACGUACUUUACAUGCCGGCAUUCUGGUGGCACGAAGUCCAAUCAACUCCCGAUCAAAAGGAAAAACGGAACAUGGCAGUCAACUACUGGUACGAACCAUUCUUGACAAAGGAAUUUCCAUGCCCCAAGUGCAAACUGGAUAUUAAUAAACAUUAUCGUAAUUUACUGGCAAACCAUCCUAGUGCUUAUUGUGACAGUGUACAUUGCUUUCAUUUCUCUGUGCUAAAUUAAAGAAUUCAACUAGAGCAAUUGAAUCCCAUGCACGUCUCGCAUGUCCAAAUCAAAUCAAACAUAUACUGUAA